AUGGUUUCUGAUGAAAAAUCCAUGGUUAUUGUUCCCUUCCAUCUCCUACUUGGCAUCACGGCUGCCCUCAGACCUUUGGUGAAGCCCGAGAUCAUUAAAAAGAGGACCAAAAAGUUCAUCCGGCACCAGUCAGACCGAUCUGUCAAAAUCAAGUGUGACUCGUGGAAACCCAGAGGCAUUGACAAUAGGGCCCAGAAGUCGAUGCCCAGCACUGGUUAUGGGAGCGUCAAGAAAGCCAAGCAUGUGCUGCCCAGUGGCUUCUGGAAGUUCCGAGUCCACAACGCCAGGGAGCUUGAAGUGCUGCUGAUGCGCAGCAAAUCUCACUGUGCAGGGAUUGUCUACAAUGUGUCCCCCCCGGAGACCCGCGAAGCCAUGGUGGAAAGAACAGCCCAACUGUCCAUCAGAGUCACCAGUCCUGAUGCCAGGCUGCACGACGAAGAAAAGUGA